AUGUGCUCGACUCUAUUAAAAAAUUUCGCAAUGUUGAGAACAAUAAAGUCAUGUGAAGACGUUUCAGACGGAGAUUUAUACAAAACAGAAACAGUAGCAAGCCUUUCUCAUUCCAGCACCAAUGACGACAUUUGUCCUUCUCUCUACACUCUAGAUAACAAAGAGGAUUUUGAAUCUUUAUGCAUAAUUAAUCUAAAAAAUUGCCAAACUCCAGAUUGCUAUCGCACAAAUCCAUUAACCCCAAGUGAAAAUUUACAUUUAUUUACACGAUUAGAAGUAAAUAAAGAAAUAAAAAUUCGGGAUUUAAAUUGAAAAAUAAGGAAGCUUUUACAUUAUUUAGAUGAAGAAAUCGAAGCUAUUUCUAUCAGAGAUGAGUGUAGCAUAGCGCCUAAGCCUUUAGAACUUGAUUCUCCUUCAUCAAAUUUUAUUAAGCAGCGGAGAAAAGCUAAAAAAUAG